AGAUAAAAAGAAGGCUGGCGAGAGGUCAAAGGAAAAUGUCGACUUCAGGAUAUUGCGAUAAAAUCCGCAGGAGCGUACGAUCCUCACAGCGCUGCUCCGAACACUGAACCUGCACUGAUCCUGUAACAGCUGGGAGCAGCGCGGGAUGUUAGGAUGGGUAUGAUGAACGUGUGUGGAUGAUGUGCACGCAUCAAGGAUUAAUCCAUCUCUGCUAGGAGCGGAGAGACUUCAGGAUAAAAAUCACCAUAACAUCUCUUCAACGAUCUGUUCUGAAUAUUCCGGAAAAAGAAGCGGACGGGAGGGAGGCAGAGGAGAGGAGAGGAGAGGAGGAGGAGGAGGAGGAGGAGGUGGGGAGCUCUAGGAGUGAAGGACGCCACCAUCGUAUCUCUGCAUGGCUGCACUACUCUCCUGAUUGACCGGCCCGCUGAAGGACCGACAAGCCAAACCCACCGGUGUGAGGACUGACAGUGCCUAUAUAAAGCCCUGCAGCAGCAGCAGCCUUGCAGCGGGUGUCUGUCAUCACAUCAUCAUCCUCCUCCUCCUCAUCUUCCUCCUUCUCCUCUUUACGACCUGCAGACUGACUUGGAUUAAUCAUUCUUUUGUGUUAUCAGGAUAGCAUACAGCAGGAGCAGCCAUGUCUCACGGAUGGGGAUACGGAUCAACUAACGGACCUGACACGUGGGGAGUAGAAUAUCCUGUAGCUAAUGGGCCCAGACAGUCUCCCAUCAACAUUGUCCCUAAGGAGGCCAAGUAUGACCCCACUCUGAAGGCUCUGAAACUCAAGUAUGAUCCCUCCAACGCCAGUGGAAUUCUCAACAACGGACACUCCUUCCAAGUGGACUUUGUGGACAACACAGACAGUUCCACCCUGACAGGAGGUCCUAUUUCUGGAACGUACCGUUUGAAGCAGUUUCAUUUCCACUGGGGAGCCAGUGAUGACAGAGGCUCCGAACACACUGUCAACGGCAUCAAGUUCCCCUGUGAGCUUCACCUGGUGCACUGGAACACAAAGUACCCAAGCUUUAAAGAUGCAGCCGGCGAGCCUGAUGGACUCGCAGUGGUUGGGGUCUUUCUCAAGAUUGGUUCUGCCAAUCCCAGGCUUCAGAAGGUUCUGGAUGGCUUGGAUGCUAUCCAGACCAAGGGAAAGCAGACCGUCUUUGCUAACUUUGACGCAAAGACUCUUCUUCCUGGUUCUCUGGAUUAUUGGACCUAUGAUGGCUCUCUGACGACACCUCCCCUGUUGGAGAGUGUUACCUGGAUUGUCCUCAAGGAGCCAAUCAGUGUCAGCCCGGCACAGAUGGGUAAAUUCCGCAGCCUCCUCUUUACAGGAGAAGGAGAGCCUCCAUGCUGCAUGGUCGACAACUACCGGCCUCCUCAACCUCUGAAGGGCCGUCAAGUCCGUGCUUCCUUCAGAUAAACCCUGCUUCGUCUUUAUUGCUCCCUUGCCCUCGUUUAUCCUUCCUUCCUUACCCAAACCCUUUCACUCCUAUUUUUCUCCACAUGCAGUCUUUACAUUGCUUAUAUUAGCCCUAUUAACAUCAACUUGAAAAGUAGAAUGCUAUGAUGUAGACUACCUGGAUGUAUCUUGAAUAAUAGAAUUUACGUUUUGACACGCUUUAGACAUAGGCUCCAUUUACACUUGUCAUUUUAAGGGUCUCAUAAUCAGACAAAAUCCAGAUGAAAGACACUCUCAUUUACAUAUAGUCACAUACUGUAAAUGCAUCUGUUAUUCAAAUCCCAAAUCUUAUUAUAAUCCUUCUUUGUUUUCUCGGCUACAUGCAACUCAGGGUCAGCCCUCCUCCGGUCCAAAAGCAGGUGGUGCACCUGAAGCUGUUUGGUAACUGCCAAUUACACCAGAAGAAUAACUUCUAGACUUGUUUAGUGCACUGUUUAGUUCAUGGAUGUUUAAAAAGAACUGGAUACAGUGUUACAUGCCCUGUGAAUUUGUGAAUCCUAGGGUAGUGAAUGAACGACCUGCCUUACUCUGCCUCCGAUUGGCUUACCCUGACAUUUUUACACUAACCCUUACCAAUCCCACUCCUCUUGCCUAAACCCAACCAAUCCGCCCAACGAUGGCAACGAGUACUAGCCAAUCAAAGGUAGCAUAGGACAGGUCAUUCCUUCAAAAUCCUAGGAUUCACAAAAUUGCACCCUGUUCAUUCCUAUUAAUGUUGCUCAGUGGCGCAUUAAGGCAAAAAAGUAAAAAAUUACCCAGAUUUUCCAUAUUGUUGGGCCCACAAAGCAGGUCCUCUGGAGACUUUUGCUAGCCAAGCAGCUAACUUCUAGCCCUCGGCUAACUUAAUAGCGAUAAAAUUAAUUUAACGUGUGACUCUUCCAGACCUUAGAAAUGUAAGCAGACUGAAUAGAUCAAAUCCCGAGUAACAUGAAUGAAUCGUAUUUACAAAGAGCAAGCGAGACAAAAAUUUUAUAGUUAUUUUUCACAGCUCUAAGUCACACUACUCCCUCACUCAUACAGCUCAAUGCUCUCUCAUCUCCACAGGUCAAUGCUCUGGCUGGAGCUAUUUUUUUCCCUGAUUGCUUUAAUGAGACGGAGAACAACGGCUAAUUUCAGUGUUAUUUUAGUAUAACUUUAGGUGCUGUUAUCACAAGGACAGAGGAGACAGAACAUGGAUGUAAUAAGAAAAUCAAACAGUGUGUGGCUAUUUCAACAGACUGCUUACUGCUUAACUAGCUAGAAUGCAUCUCAAACUUCCUCUGGAGAGAGUGGACGCAUGAAAUGAUUGAAUGUAAAUGUGGUCAUAGAUUGUGCAUGCAUGUGCUCAAAGAAUAUUACAUAGCCUCCACGUUUUUCACUUGGUUAGAGACUGCGCUAUUCCUGACAAAGGUAGCUUAAGAAUUUUAGUCUAUCAGCGUACACAUGCCAGGGGACUAGUGAUCUACUUACAGUGUCACAUAUACUAACAAUGGGACAAGAAUUCUAGGCCCUAAUCUACUCAUUUUGUUUGUGACAUGUUAUGCAACCCAUUUUCUCUGGCAACUCUAUAAGGAAUAAUCUAUAUUAUCGGUGUGUGCCAGUUUUUUCAAUAAAUAUAAUAAUUUAAAUCAACAGUAAUAUACUUUUUCUGAGCAUUAAUGCAUUUAAGUAACAAAUAAAGACAUACUUCUUAGGCAGCUUUGUUAUGCGAGCUAUAUCCAACAAUUAUGGGCAAAAGCACACCUAGCUUAUUAUCAGAAACAAUAAUCCCUCCAUGAUUUUUGAUAUGAAUUUGCCUUGUUUGAAAAUGAAAGCCUUUAUCAACUUCUGGAAGCUUCUUUCUAUGCAUUUCAGUGUGUUGUGAAUUGUGCUGCAGACAGCUGCUCAGAUUGUUAAAGCUAAUGUUUUCAUUGAUGCCUCAUCUAAGUCAGUUUGUGACAAAGUGAUCACAUGGAGUUUGGGACUAUAAUUUUGCAGCAGUGACUGUACAAUUGUGCACUGUGGCUGCCACCCAUCAAGUGACACUUGUAUACACGAAGGUCUUUAGACUGGUAAAACUAUGGAAUACUCCGGUAUGUUGUGAAAGACAUACCAGAGUAUUGGCUGAUGGUACAGCCUGAGGCCAUGUCCACAAAAAUGCAAGUAAAAAGAUUUUUUUUUUGUCUGUGUUGGGCUUCCAUCCAUUCUGGGUAAACAUAGCCCUUUUUUCUUUCUUUCUUUUUUUUGUUUUUCCAACAUGUGCAUUACUAUGGUUAUGGCUCAACACAUUCUAUCAGUGGCAGUACAAGUGUAACUCCAUGUUGUGUUAAAAAAAGAAAAGAAAACUAUUACAACUUAACUACCUAUCACCACAGUGCAUUAAACAUUGCCUUUAAGGCUAAAGUUAGACAGCUGUUAAGUUGAAAAUACUUGAAAGAAUCAGUUUAUGACUAUACGUAAAUAAAAGCUACAGUAUCAACAAAGGUCACAGAAUCUUUCAUUAAAUUCUUUUAGAUUGUCAGCAGUGUCUACAGUCAUUACUGUUAUAGUCAUUUAACUAAACUGAGAUAGAUGGCAGAUAUUCAUAAUAGACCAGAGCAAUGUUACUUUUUAGUUUCAAUAUUAAUAUAAUAAAACAAUCAGUUUUCAGAGUGUGGCUAUAGUGAAACGGUAAUAACCCUUUAAAGUGUGUCACUUAAAAUUGCUGUUACACAUUGCAGAUGAAAAAAUGUUUUUGUGUGUGAGUCUGCCAUGUAAUACAGGAACGGAAUUUUAUCAAUAAAAAUUUAUAACUUGC